UGUGAAAAUGACUUCCUACAAAUGGCUGGACUUAGGUAUACAGCAUUUAUCAGAGUCUGUGUUUAUGGGACUGAGUCACAAAGUGGGGUCCUCAGAGACGGUGAUCAUGAGGAGAGAGAUAGUGGACUUCAUGGAAAGGAUGAGCGAUCAAGUAAUUAAUACAAGAAAAGAACACAGGAUGAUGACUAGUGGCAGUCGCAGAGAAGGAUUCAGGCUAGAGGGGUCAGAUUUGGACAGUAUGUAUUGGCCAAAUGACCACUGUGUAAUCUGGGACUUGGACCAGGCUCAGAAUUAUGACCUAAAUAGAAAAACACUGAUUCUCUGUGAUUGUUCUGAUAGCCCACCAGGAUUUGGUUUACUUGAACUACUGACACCAACAUAUAGGGAAAGUGUAAAGAGAGCAUGUAUGAGAAUAAAUGACAGAUUCUAUAUAUCCAGUUCCAAAUACAGACAGAUCACAUGUUCAGCAAUUAUACCUAAUUCUAUAGAACAUGGCCCGUGUGGUAGCUAUAGUGGUGUUUACGGGGUAGUAGAGUUUGACGCUGCCCUAUGUUUUGUCUGUGAUGUUUGGCCCCUUUCUGCCUCCAAAUGGAUCAACAGAUGUCACUCAUGGCCUCCAUCUUUUAUUGUUAAUGACAUAGUCGGAAGUGGAUGCCACUUUGUAGCAAUAGGGCACAAACUACGAAAACAC